CACAAUCUGUAUCGAUUGCGUAGAAGCACAAGUGUGCACACGGCGCCUCACAGUUUUCCUACUAUAAAACGGGCGUACUCACUGUACUCGGCGUGAAAUAAAGAGUUGAAUAGUGAAUUGGUAAUAAGUGAUCAGUCUCAUACAGGUCUCUAAAGUCUGAACAUAUAUAGUGAAUAUGAGUGGAACUGCAGAUAAAGUUGAAGGAUCCUGCUGCCGCAAGGAGAAGGACAGUUGCAAAUGCGAUAACUGCGAAUGCGCAGGGUCCGGAAAAUGCGGUCAAGGUUGCAAAUGCGUAGAUUGCAAAUGUUGCAAGACUGAGCUGAAGUGCUGCAGCAAAGGAUGCGAAUGCGGCGACAACUGCAAAUGCUGUUCCGACAAGAAAGAUUGCAAAUGCACGAAUUGCAAAUGCUGCAAAACUGAGGAUGCUUGCUGCAAGAAGGACGACGCCUGCUGCAAGAAGUGAAGGGAAAUUCCGUAUCUCGUCUAUUAUCAACACUUCGACUAUUUUUUUAUAUUGGGGUUAAAUUUUUAUAUUUUUAUGCUUAUAAUUUUUUCAUUGAGGAACGUUUCAAAUGUGUUAUUAUUGAAAAGAACCGUGAGAAUGUAAUUCGAACGCUCAGUAAAUAAAAAUUUAGAAAAUCA